UUUUUUUUUGUUUGAAAAGAUUUGGGGGGGGCAGAGACAACAUUCGUAAAAUAUCUGCUCCAUGACUACCUUCAUUUCAAUGGCAAAAUACGGCUAUAUGCAAAUAAAUGCCAAAUCCUUUACUUUAUGACAAGAUGUUUAAAAGACUGUUUUCAAUAUGACUUGCUAAAAUUGCUUAACAAAUAUAUUUCAGUGUGAGCGAACUACCGUAGUUAUUGCCUGUAAUGUAUGUCCGAACCUUCUCCUGGGGAUACAAGUUAUCUAGCAAAGUUAUUUCACUUCUGAAUGUUACCAGGCAGAAUAGGGCUCAGCCAUAUAAAACAAACCACCGGGUAACGUUUGUCAUCAUUCAGUUUGUAGGAUGUCACAAGAUGCCCUAAAGCAUAACACUGACCAGAUCAAGGAGAGCAGCAUGCAGAUAUGUUUGGCUUUUUGUGUUUGUGUGUUCUUUCAGGAUGAUUUUGGUUUAUGCUAUACAUUGACCCCUGUAAGUUUUACUUCAAUUUGGCUGGAGGUUCACUUUGCAAGCAGAGCUAAAGUUUGAGAUUUGUUGUUGCUACCUAGAGAGCUGUGUGAGUACAGCUUGGUAUUGCAUGGGGGACCCUGCCAGUGGCGAUACAGGAUGGAAAUCAGGUGUCAGAAGAGAGCUGCAUUUAACACUGGCUAUUUUAACUAAGAAAACUAUAAAACAUGGAAACUGCAAAGCCGUUUCUUACAGGAUCCUUUCAGACAAGUCACUGUAUUCACAUUCACCCUGCACUGAAACUUUUUUUUGCUAAAUUUCAAAAUGGUAAAAGGCAGCAGAGAUCAGUUCCAGGCACUGGAAUUGAUAGAAGAGUCUAGGGGGGAGUUACGCAUCUUCCUUGCAUGCUUGUUAUCACCCAGGCACAACUUUGAAUUGUCUGCAUCACAGAGCAGUAUCAGGACUCCUUGCAGGAGCUCUGAUUACAUCAGAGAUGCACUGCAGAAUUCAAAAUACUGCAGAGGAUGCUGGAGGGGGGGAGAACAGAACUUGAAGUGGAAUUUUAGCAUGUUACUUUGGAUUUUUAUUUCUUUACCUCAGAAGGGCAUCUUUAAUAAUUCUUUCCCCCAUUGUCUAGGAGUCUGGCACCCUUCCUGAAUUUGUGCGGAAAGUAAGGGCAGUACAGAUUUCUAAUUCAAUUUCUUCACCAGACAUAAUGGAUCAGAAUAUCAUCUUGUGCAAGAGAGAUUUUUAAAAAGAUGUUAUAUCUUGAUUCACAUGCACAACACACCAUUUAGAGUCACCAAGAGCUCUUGCCAUGGGACAGUUAGUCUGUAUUACUGUGGUUUCUAGAAGCCAGAACUACAAUCAGGACUGUAUAAUGUGGUAGGAGUCAAUUCUUGCCCUGGUAAGCUUACAAACAAAAGUAAAGAAGCUCAGAGAGAAGUGAGUUAUCAAAAACAAGCACACAAGAUGAGCGAGGGAGCUGGAAAGAACUGGACUCCACAAACUCCCAAGCAUUCAAAGGGCAGAAUGCUAUUUCAGAUGAGGAUGGAUUUUAUCACUGGGCCCUACUUAACCAGAGCAGUUUUAUCUGAAGGAGGAUUUUACUGUUAUAGCACAUCCUUAAAGUUCAUCUUGUUUAAUUGUUGUGAAAAUGGUUGCUGUAGGCUAAUGUGUUUUUAUAUUCCAAUAACGUACUUCUGAAUGCAUUUCUUACACCUAUCCCCAAUGUCAUCAGUCUGCAAUCCACAAGUAAAGCAGGUUGCUCUUUUUGCAAGCUGACUAACAAAAAAAACCUUUCUAAUCAUCAGAUAGCUCCCUUCUUAAAGUAGUGCUGAUCAUCAUUCCGAGAGGUGCCUUCCAAUGAAGAAACAUGCAAAGAAGCACAUGGCUUUAUUUUUCACCUUCCUCUUCUCCUUCAAUUGAGACCAUCUUUCCUAUUGUCCCUUGUUUUCUCCUAUUCUUCCCUCUUAGAUAUGAAGCUUUGUGUAUCGGAGGUAAAAAAUCACAUAAAUAACACAUGUACAGCAUGAAAUACCAAAGCUGCCUACGUGGAGUCUGUGGGCUUGCCAGUUCUGGUUAUGGAAAUAGAAGGAACCACCUUUUAUAACUGCAGUCACUGUGUGUUACACAGGGGAUUAAUUUGUCCAAUUUAUUGUCUCGCACAGGUCGAGAAGCUGGAAGUGAAGAACAAAAUUAUUUUUUCUUUGCUCUGUUGUUUCACAGUUGAUGCCUCAGGGUUACAGUGUGUGUCUGACACACGCGAACAUUUACAUUUCCCUCUCCCCAUUUCUUUCCAUUGUGUCAACAAUGGAUGUGGUGGGAGAUCAAACCAGUCACAGAGAUGAGCUGCCUCCUCAUUUUUCCUGGCUGAGAUUCAGAGGAUAAAUUGUUGCUAACCAACAUCAUCUGGCAUUACAGAAGGGAAACCGGUUAACUUAGCUCCCAUUUAUCCACAGUCUUCCAUUAAUCAUGAUCUUUAUUCUCUUUAGGCAAGCCCAGCCUUAGACAUAGUUGAGGCAGAGGGGAAAAAACUUGUUUCUAAAGAAAACAACAGCUACUCUUAAGGAGAAGGGUCCUACAUAACCAUACAUGAGGUAGCUCCAUUUUCCCACCUACAGCUUGAGCUCACAAUGCAGCAUUUCUGCAGAUGGGCAUGCUUUAGUAGACCAGCUCUUAGGUCACUAGGAGUGCUUCGUGUGAUAGGACUGUAAGUCAGGGUAAUUACAAGCUCAACUGCUCCUUGCUUGCACUGUUCAACAUGCUCUAGCUAGCACUAUGUGAGCCAGCUGUCAUUCUCCUGAGAUCCAUUCAUUUAUCUGAGCCCUGCAGCUUUAGCAGUGGGCAGUGGCAGAGUGCCACUGUUUGUCGUGAUGCUCCACUGAUAAUCCCAGCGUUGGCUGGAGUUCUCUAGACAGUGACUUUUUAGUACGAUUGCAUUUUGUGUAAUGUUCGUUCAGAAGACAGGACUUGCAAAUCAGUACGCCUUCACUUAGUCUUUCUUGAGACAACACACAAACUUAAAUAAUCUAGAAGUUUACUCGAGUUUAUUAUACCCUCCUUUUCUAAAACUCCUUUGGAAGUUUUAGAAUUGCCCAUUGCCUGCCAUGGGGAUUCCCAAGAGUUAUAAUUCUGGAGCAAAGACAGGGCCCCUCAGUGAUACAAACAAGUAUGUAAUGAUAAGGUACAGAAAGCUGAACAUAAUUAAGAUUUUAGCAGAGAGUGGGUUAACCCUCCAAACAGCCAAUCUCAAAUCACUAGCAAUAGCAACAGAGAUCCCACUUUGGGAUAGCAGCAAGAUGACAAAGCUUACCUCUGCCAAAACAGCCAGAAAAUGGAACCACAGCUCUCGAAAGGUCUGAAUCACACCUUGUCCAUUCUUGUAUAUUCCCGUAGGCUUUCUUUUUCCACAGUCCUACCACAGGCCCUAAAGAAGACACUUGCAGAAGUAGCGAAGUGAUGUGAAAUUACCUUCCAAGAUGACUCUUCUACCUGGAGAAAAUUCUGAUUAUGACUAUAGUGCCCUGAGCUGUGCUUCAGAUACUUCCUUCAACCACACAUUCUUUCCAGAAACAGAAACCCUUAAGGGAGUCUUUUACCAAAGAGCCAAGCUAAUUCAUCCUGAGGAGGAUCUCCUGAAAGGGUUUCACCCUGAUGAUCGGAAGCAUCAUAUUAUUAUAAACGUAGGGGGCAUUAAGUAUUUGCUCCCAUGGACCACGCUUGAUGAAUUCCCAUUGACACGUUUGGGACAGCUAAAAUUCUGCAACAAUUUUGAUGACAUUCUAAACAUCUGUGAUGAUUACGAUGUGACAUGUAAUGAAUUCUUUUUCGACCGCAACCCAGGAGCAUUCAGGACAAUCCUGACCUUUUUGCGGGUUGGAAAACUUCGGCUCCUGCGGGAGAUGUGUGCAUUGUCUUUCCAAGAGGAGCUGCUCUACUGGGGAAUUGAGGAAGAUAACUUGGACUGGUGUUGUAAAAGGAGGUAUCUGCAAAAAAUGGAGGAGCUCACUGAAAUAAAUGAACGGGAGGAUGACCUCAUAGAAAAUGAAACAGGUGAAACAUUAGAGGAGACAAAAAUUGGCUUGUGCAUGAGAAAGUUACAAGACAUGGUGGAAAGACCCCAGUCUGGCCUCCCUGGGAAAGUGUUUGCUUGUUUGUCUGUUUUAUUUGUAACUAUUACAGCAGUGAAUUUAUCCAUCAGCACCAUGCCUGACCUAAGGGAGGAGGAGGAAAAGGGUGAGUGUUCCCAGAUGUGCUACAAUAUUUUCAUUGUGGAGUCUGUCUGUGUGGCGUGGUUUUCACUGGAGUUCCUGCUAAGAUUCAUCCAGGCAAAGAGCAAGUUUGCAUUUUUGAGAAGACCUCUAACCCUGAUAGACAUCAUAGCCAUUCUGCCAUAUUACAUCACUUUGCUAGUAGAUACCACUUCAGUGGGCUACAAAAAGCCCAGCUCUGGGAGCAUCUACCUGGACAAAGUAGGUCUGGUCCUCCGUAUACUCCGUGCCUUGAGGAUUCUUUACGUUAUGCGGCUGGCCAGGCACUCCCUGGGGCUGCAGACGCUGGGGCUGACCGCUCGCAGGUGCACCCGGGAGUUUGGUCUCCUGCUGCUCUUCCUCUGCGUGGCCAUUGCACUGUUUGCACCGCUCCUGUAUGUCAUCGAGAACGAGAUGGCGGACUCACAGGAGUUUACCAGCAUCCCCGCGUGCUACUGGUGGGCUGUCAUCACCAUGACCACGGUAGGCUACGGAGAUAUGGUUCCCAGGAGCAUUCCCGGCCAAGUGGUGGCGCUGAGCAGCAUCCUGAGCGGCAUCCUCCUCAUGGCAUUUCCAGUCACUUCCAUCUUCCACACGUUUUCACGGUCCUACCUUGAGCUAAAGCAAGAACAAGAAAGAAUAAUGUACAGGAGAGCACAGUUCUUAUUAAAAACAAAGUCUCAGAUAAGCAAUGCAUCACAAGGGAGUGAUAUUUUAUUUCCCAGUCUCUCUUCUGAGACUAGGGAAAAUGAAUGAAAUUUAAGUUGCUAUUUUUCCUCGUGUCAAGUAAUGUUUUGUUGUAACAGAUUUCACCUUUUAAUUUGCUUUGGAAGCUUUUUACAAAGGUAACCCUCAUAUUAAAAGGAAGAAAAGGGGCUAUUAACCAGGAACUGAUGUGGUUUAAGAAGGCUAUUAUUAUGUUGUUUCUUCCCCCUGACCUUCCCAGUAUAACGUUUGGGACAGAUCUUUCACUGAAAUCAUACGGUGGGAUUUUAGGGAUUGAAAGUUCUCUGACAAAAAUAGGAACAACAUAUAAUUCUGUACGUGACAGGCUGUUUUGUCAUUUGAAAUACACAUUUUUUCAAACAAAUCACAAUGUAUAUAAUCAUUAAGCAGGCUGCCAUUUUUCUUGGUCUUCUUGUAUAUAAAUAAUGUAAAUACAAGAAAAUUAAUGGCUAAAUUCUCUCCCAGUAAAAUGCCUCAGAGCGUGAUGGAAAUAACCACAGCUGUUUGUCCCAUUGUGCUCUUAAAAAACACUAAGAGUUAUUGUUCACAACACCAACUGUAUAUUUCCGUGCAAGUCAGCCAUAAACGUAACAGGAAAAAAAAAAAAAAAAAGAAAAAAAAAGAGAAUCAAAGUGUUUGUAUCAUAACCUCGCUAAAGAUGUAAAUACUUAGAGCUCACCAGCUUCAAAAUUUAAAUGAAGUUACAACGCUGAUCCUAUGUCACCGAAUGUAGGAUUCCAAGGAACAAAGUCUUUUGAGUUUUGUAGCAUUUAACAUUAUCAAGAGGCGAAUAGCUGCAAAUCAAAUGAAAUAUGCAUGAUAAGAUGCCAGUCGUUCCCUACCAUCUGUUUCCAUGUUUUUACUUUACCUCAGAUAUGAAACAGAAUUAAAAGAGGCCUGUUUCCAGGGGACACCCUACCAUUACUUGGCAGAUCAAUAUUGCAGCUACCCAUUCACAUUCUGCAUUUGGUUCUUUAAAAGGAGCAGAAAAUAUAUGGUCGUGGGAAGUUGCCAAUGAUGAAAAAAAGAAAAUAUCAUUUGAGUCAUGGAGUGGGGGGUACUGACAGCUUUAUACUUUACUGUCCUCAAUCACGAGGGACCUAAGACUUAAUUAACUAUAACUUUACCGUUAUUACAGACAUCACAGUACCAGAGAAAAUUUUAAAUAGGCUAUGAAAAGGCAAUUAGGUCCUAAAGCACAGGUGUAUUAUUCAUCCACAUGUGUCUUGGUCCAAGUUCCCCUGCUGAAGCCAGUGGGAGUACACGGGUCAGCAAGGUGCUGGGCUUUGGCACCUCUUUCUCUGGAGAUUACCGACAGACCUCCCUUUUAUUUUAGAGGGAACGAGACUGGUUCACAUAACUCAGGAGACAAACUCCAGGCCUUUAAAAAAAAGAAGAGUCAAAUCCAAUUGCUUGACUUCAUGUGUGCUCAGAGGUAAAGAAAAGAUAAAUGUAUGAAUUCCACUUUUUUUUUUUUCCUCACUAACUGUUAAGAGCUAGGGAGAGAUUUGGAAGUUCCUCAGCCUGUGCUAUUUGGCCAAGUCCAUGUUACACCGGUUUUCUUUUCAAAUGUCUUUAAAAAACAAUUUGAAGGUGUUUUGGUAUGCUUAUUUUAGGGAAUAGUUACAAAACUUGCAAAAAUGUACUCUACAAAUAAUUAGGGAUCUAAGACUCUUCAGCCUGUCAUAGGUAAACGUGCCUACGGAGCUUUACUGCAGCGCUAAAAGACCCAGACUAAACUCUUGGCAAUUAAUUACAUGCCAGAGCUAGGACUACAACCAGCUUUUCACUCUUGUUCUUCGGCUCUAAUUAGAGUUGGACAAAAAAUGGGAACAUUAUGACGAAAAAAGGAACACAUUUUCCAUCCAAAAUACUCUUAAUUUCAAAAAUGUUUGAUCAUCUGUAGAAUUGGCUUCAACACAAGUGCUAUACAUCCUUCUACCUUUGUGUCAGCAGUCAUAAAAAGAGACAGUAAUUAGAUUAGUCCUGUGAGCAACAGUUGCUUAUCUAAGGAUGUUUUUGACAGGCUGAGCCAGAAAUAAGAAGCUGUAAGUGAAUAUAAAGAGAAAUCAAGUCUUACCAAAUAAAACCUAAGCUUAUUUCCUUUUUUUUCCCUACCUAAUAAAUGCUGAAGAUCUGUCCAUUUUCUCAGUGCCUUUACUUUGAGUUAAUCCUCAUUAAUUUCAUGUAUCACUUUAUGCCAGAAUUAUAGCUUGAUUCUGAAGUCCUUGUCCAGAAAAAAAUAAAAAUAAAUAAAUCACCCUGAAUUUGGGUGUUGGUUGAGCAAACCUGUGAAAGUAUCUUGCCUGUUGGGAGUUCUGCCUGAGCCAGGAACAAAGAAGCCUUCCAGGAUGCACCCCUGUGUAAUUCUGAGCUUGGCAACACAUCUCUUGUAAGCAUACCAACAUGUUUCACUGUGAAUCACUCUAACAAACUUGCUUGUGUUUUACACAAGGUAACGCAUACUGUAGUCCUUAUGCUAAAUAAAGCCAGCUAUACGUCUUCAGAGCACAACGUUAAUAUGAAACCCACAUGCUGCGUUCCAGCUUCUGCUGUGAAGGCUGAACGUUUAACACGAUUAUGCCUCUUUACAGUACAUUAUCUGGAAUUUUAGUCAAAUUCAUGAAAAUUAUGCAUUGAUUCAAAAGCUGGCUGUUUCCAGUGACACAGCUGACAGCUACCAAGUCACCUAUCACUCCUUUUUUGCAUUUUAACAGCAUGUGAAGUCAACAAGAAAGUCCCAAUAAAAACACUUUGUGCUUUCCUGAAGUCAAAAGAAUUGUUUGAAUUGCCAUUGAUAAAGAGUGGUGCUCGUCUCCACUGGAGAUAGGCUCGCAUUGCUAUUUAUAUUAACCUGGGUAUACUGCAGAAAUACUACAGCGUGAAUUCAAACAGCAGCAGCUGUAUUCAUUUUGGUUAAUAAAGUGUUAAGUUCUCCUUUCACUUCCAUGUGCUUCUUAAGGUAUAGAGAGACUCAGGCAUACUACAGGCAGGCAUGACAUCCUGGGGUCAUGAGGAGUGAGUGACCAGCAGCUGAGGGAGAGUUUGGGCUGGAAGUAUCACUAGCUGAAGCAUGCUGGUUGUAAAAAAUAAAAAAAAAAAAAAUCUCUCAGUAUAGAACAACCUAGGUACCAGUUCAGCAGUUUGAAUAGGGAAAAUUUUCUUGCAUGUUGUCCCAAGAGUCACAAUCAGUUACUGACCUGUUAAUUGGGACAUAACUCAGAAACAAUUUUAACCGUUUAAUCAAAGAAACUAACAGGUUCCAGAAAAGAACUGGAAGGAUGUGUGGAGAUUGAGGAUGAGAAAAAUCCCUAAUAAAA